AUGUCACUGGCCAAGCGGCCCUUCGCCGAGGUGGACGGCGGCGGGGAUCACCGGCAUGAGACUUUACGGCAGCGUCAAACUCCGCCUCAACCUUCUCCCGAUUGCCGAGGCCGGUGGUCUGCCGAGUCGGACGAGUUCCCAGAUACUUUAUCACCAUGGUACGAUGACGGAACGCCACCUCAAGCCUUUGAGGCUGAUGCCUCGAUCGUUCUCGUCGGCAUCCGAGGUGCUGGAAAGUCGACUCUAGCAAUAAUUGCCUCUACCGCCAUGAACCGACGGGUUGUCGAUUGCGAAAAGGCAUUCCAACAAGCGACCACCUUUUCCAGUUCGGUUUUCAAAAGACUAUAUGGGCCGCUUGAGUGCCGACGGCGGCAAACCGAUGUGUUGCGUGACACGUUAGCCAACAGUUGCAAGGGAUGCAUUAUUGUAUGCUCAUGGAUGGAGAAGAAUAUUCGCCGUCUACUCCAGGAAUUUUGUCGUACAAAUCCGGUUGUGCACAUCCUCCGCGAGAGUGAUGUUGUCCAGAGACACCUCAAGAUCGAGGAUGAAGCCAAGGCCAGCAAUCUCAUAGCCUUGAGUACUUCUUUGUUUCGUGGGUGCAGUAACUUUGAGUUCUUCAAUCUGUCCGAGAACCUGUCUCGACAUGUCGAUACUCAGACAGACACCACCGUCAACAAACCGCGAAGUCCUGCGCCAUACCUUACGCUGAAGAGAGCAGAAAGGCAUUUUCUCAAGUUUUUGACUCUGAUAAUGCCUGCCGGAAGCAUACCAUUCAUCGAAUCCGCCUUUCCUCUGGCUUCUGUUCCUACGCAUGAAAGAAAGUUUACAUAUGCCUUGUCUGUCACACUUUCAAGCCUGUUGGCUCGUGAGAUAGAUACUGAGGAGAUGGAAAUAGGAGCCGAUGCUAUCGAGAUUGUCGUUGAUGAUCUAGUCUGUGGCCCUGGUGAAGUGAGCUCAUUGACUCCCGAGAGAGCAGCACUCAUCACCAACGUCCUUGGAUCUAUUCGUCGCAACACAGUCAUACCAUUGAUUUAUCAUGUCUUGAAGCCCGAGACUGGUCCAUCACGCCCGUUUGUUACCAAUCCAGACACCAUAUACGUGGACUAUGUCCUACAUGGCUUGAGACUUGCUCCCGAGUUUGUGACUGUCGACUUGCAACUCAACGAAACCAUCUUCAAGCAUGUGGCAUCGUCAAGGCGCAAUUCUAGGGUCAUUGCUCAUCGCGCCCCUAUACCGGCUUUACCGUGGGACAGUCCGGACUGGCUCCGGUAUUAUGAGGACGCUAGGAAAUUUGACUGCGACUUGGUUCGACUAGUCAGGCCGGCCUAUGAUAUGCAAGACAAUUUUGAUGUCCAGCGAUUCAGAGCGUGCGUUGAUCUCCUGGGCGAGCCCCGUAUACCGAUUAUUGCUUACAACACGGGCCGCCUUGGUCGACACUCGGCAUGUUUCAAUCCUAUUCUGUCUCCCAUCACCACUACGGCCGGCUCCGGAGAUAUUUCAAGACUGGAGUCUUCUUAUCAUCCUCAAUUGACAGCCAUUGAUGGGAUCAAGGCCUUGUAUUCAUCAUUUGUCUACGAUGCCAUGAAGCUGUACGUUUUUGGUGCAAACGUAUCAUACAGUUUGUCUCCAACAAUGCACAACGCCGCGCUGGCAGCCUAUGGUAUUCAACACAUGUACAGACCAUAUUCGACUCCAACCCUGGGCGGUCUCAAGGGUCUUGUGGAUGAUCCUUUUUUUGCGGGAGCUUCCGUCGGCCUUCCUUUCAAGGUUGAAAUAAUCACCAUCACCGACAGCCUGAGUAGACACGCCCGGGCAAUAGGGGCCUGCAACACCCUCAUUCCUAUUCGACAUUUGAACUCCGAUGGCAGCGUGCCAGAUGAUUCAACUUUAUUGUUCAACAGUCGGAACAGAGCCGGGCCCAUCAAAGCUUUAUACGGCGAAAACACAGACUGGAUCGGAAUAAGGGCAUGUAUUCGUCGAGGCUUAUCUCCAGCAAAUGCUGUCCGUCCUGCAAGCUGUGGUCUCGUCAUUGGAGCCGGUGGUAUGGCUCGAGCAGCAGUUUAUGCCAUGCUACAGCUUGGGGUCAAGAAUAUCGUCAUAUACAAUCGAACUGUCGCCAAUGCAGAGAAGCUUGCUCGUCAUUUCCGCCACCUGCUAUCCAAAGGCGACCUACCCCAACUUGACAACAACAGCACAGUGAACAUUUCACAUUCUAGUCGAUCUAGUGGUACUUCAUCACCGGCAACAACCCCACGCUGUACAGAUGCAAGAUUUCACAUUGUUCGUUCGUUGGAUGAUCCGGCUAGCCAAGAAUGGCCACCAGGAUUCAACUUGCCCACCAUGAUUGUAUCAUGUAUACCAACGCACGAGGUAAACAAUACACCUCCUCCAAGCUAUACUCUCCCACCCGCAUGGCUCGCCAGCCCUACAGGAGGAGUUUUCUUCGAGCUCGAGUAUAAAACGCUCGACUCUCCGCUUCAUGCACAAUUCCGACGCGAAGCACAUAGAGGAUGGGUAGUCAUGGAUGGGUUGGAUCUACUUCCAGAGCAGGGCUUUGCACAGUUUGAGUUAUUUACAGGUCGUAGGGCCCCGAGAAGACUAAUGAGGAGGGUUGCGUUGCGGGCCUGGAGUGAUGAGCUUGGGAGAUCGGGGCCUCUACAGUUGGAGCCUAGGUUGAGGAACAUUGUAGAGCAGGAGCCUUGA